AUGUUUGCUAACAUGGAACUUGAAGGAUCAACGAGAAUCAGACCUACCUACACUAUGGCGCAUCGAGUGACCGACCUGAUUGCUCUAGCUUCCACCACGGCUACAAAUCCUCGACUUGUAGAGGCCACGUACGUGAUGACCAGGGAGAAAGCCAUGGAAAAAGCUGGAGAUAUUGCGAUUCGCCUCGGGAAUCGAGGAUGCGACCAGGCAUCACUUGCCACUGGAAUGGCUCACUGGCUGUCGGAGCCGGUGAUCAAGGUGCUCAGUGAGGAGUACAAAAACAAAGUGUUUAUGUGGUGCGCUCAGCACGACGAGACCUGGCUAGAAACCGUCCGAAGUGCGGACGAAGACCUUCUGGAGUACCAAUAUGUCGCCAUGGUAGAAGCGCCUGACGCACCGACCAGAACCACCGACAAUACCCAAGAGAUGAUUAUGGAGAGAAUUGAUGCCGCCAAAGAAGACAUCUUAGAGGCCCAUCGACAAGGCCUAGCCGCCAUCAUGGCCAAAAUGGAGCUUCUACAGACUCAAGACCAGAGUUCGGUCGGGCUCUCACCCACGAAGAGACGUCGUGUGAACACCCGAAGCAGUGCGAACGCGAACCUCGAAAAGAUGCGAAAGAUCGAUCAAGCUCUGCGAAAAUUACUGGGAGACAAUAGCCAACUGGUCCAAUUCUUUAACGAACUUGCCAGCACCAUCGACGCAAAGUUCAACGACAUACAGUCUGAAUCGCAUGGACAGUUACUCUGGUCCAAGGAAGAGCAAGAAAAGCUGAGGAAAGAAACACGAUCACACGGAGUCAGUGUCAUUGAGUACAAACUUCUUGACAGAAGCUUGCAGGAGAUGCAAGACGCGGACCUGCCGAUCGCGAACUUGGCUGCCCUAUCCCGCCUUCUGGUCUCGGCGGACCAAUUCAACCAACUCGCACAAAAGUUUCCGUUUCCUUUUCAGUGCGAAGAGGAGUGA